CAACGCUGUUUAUUAUUUUUUUUAUUAUUAUUAUUUUUUCUUUAUUUAUUUAUUUAUUCCUUGUUUUUCACAACUGCUAAAAAAAUUAAAAAAUAGGUAAUUUUAUAUAAAGGACCACCCUUGUUAAGGAGCGUAACUACAACAACAAAAGAAUUGCUGUUGCCAAGGCAACGCACCUACAACACAGGCCCUCGUGUCAGCAGUGUAUCAGCUGUCCAUGAAGGAUCUAACGGCUCUUGGAUGUGAUUUUCAGGAUAAAAUGUCCCACACUGAGGAACCCGAGCAGGAUCACCAUGCUCCAUGUCUGAACCCUGGGAACCCUGUGUUCUCCUGCAUGCUGGAGCCAUCAGCCUCCUCGGGGCCCAAACCCAUGACUCAGCGUCUUCUCUUCAGGACCACGUCCAGCGAGUACGGAUCUCGACCCCCGACCUUCGAGUCGUCCCCGUGUGUGUAUCACCCGCUGUCUCAGGCUUUCUCCAAGCACCUGGGUGUGUGUGGGAUGUCCCGGGACACCUCGUUCAACACCAGCCUGGACCGCAGCAGGGUGUGCGACUGCGUCAACUUACACAACACCAUCUGAGACACCAUCAAUACCUCAUCAAUACCUCAUCAAUACCUCAUCAAUACCCAGUCAUGCUCUGUGUGAGUGGAGGAAAUGUAACAUGAUGACUUGAUCUUCAGGACUAGAUCUUCCUGCUCUACAACUGCCUUUGUAUACACUUUUUAGGUGUCCGUCAUGCAUCUUUUUUGUCUGUUGGCUGUACAAAAAAAAUCUUGUAAUAAAAAUGAAAUGUGUUUAAAGAUGAAAUGUGGCUUUGUGAGUAAAAUUUGAGUAAAAUAUUCUCUUCUAAAGCUCAAUGUAAUAUCUAUCAAUAGCAACUAUUAGAUUUGAGCAAUGUGUUAUAACAUCUCAUCCAUGGCACAAUGGCAUAAUAAAAAUCAUUUGACUGCUACACACACACACACACACACACACACACACACACACUCCAAGACUGAUAGAUUGCUGAAUUCAUGACUUUUUUAGAUGUGUUUCAACUGUGUUCAUUCCGUGGUUCCUCCGAAUAGCAAACAUGUUAAACAGAAAAGUUUUAUCCCUUUCAUUCA